AUGUUUGCUGCUUUAAAGUAUCAUUCAACAGAUUAUUUAUAUGAGGCCAUGGCAAGGCAGAAGUUUUCCAUCUCAAGAUUAUCCCUUUGCUUCCCUCCCUGUUUACAACAAGAUGAAAAGUAUCAUCUCAAUGGACUCUUUGCUGAUGAUAAGUAUAGGAAGCCGUGGACUAGAAUUACUUCAACACAGAACAUGCUCACUAUUUCAGCAUUGGAUGAAUGGAAGAAAAGUCUAUCCGUGGAAGAUUUUCUGAAAAAGAAACCUAUGUCUUGCGAAGAGUUUCUUAUUAGUAAUGAAUCAGUAGACAUUAUUCCAAGCUCAAACCCCUCCUCUCCGACUGAGGUAGAAAGACCUUUUUUACUUAAGAAGAAUGAUUUUGAGGAAGAAUGCAUGCAAGAAAGACAUUUUAAGACUGACUAUGCCACUGAAUUUCAAGAACAGUGGCAAGAUUUAUAUUUGGAGGAGGAAUUUGUUUUUAUUGAUAAUCUUGAAAAUUUUCGUAAAAAACUGCCCACUUCAUCUGUACUUUUGAGCAGACUACACUUUUUUUUAGUGAAAGAUCCCCUUUUAGAUUCUGAAGGACGAACUUUAACAGAAGAGAAUGUUUUCAGGGGAUGUUUGACUUUCCAAAAUGAAAUGGAGAUGAAAGAUAGUAAAAAAGAAUUGCAGGAGAUUAAAGAGAACUUCUGUACUAUAUCUUUAAAGGAUGAAGAGAAUUUCAUGUUGCCUGUUCCAUUAAAAUUCUGCAAACCCAGUAAUGGCAGAUCAGAUUCUCUUAAGAUUCCAUCACACUUGGAAGUGAAAGAGUUGUUAAAUUUAGCUCCAGAAACUCUGGCUGCUGAAGACAUGUGCAGAGAGUUGAUCAAAGAAGAUCUCAAAGCAGAAAUUACAUACAAAAUAGAAAUUUCUAAGUACUGUCCUGUGCCACAAGAGGUUUCCUUCAAUGGUAGCAGAAGUAUGUUGGGAUUCUGUGAGUCAGCUAAAUGUAUUCCAUAUCUGAAAGAAGAAAUGGAAGUACCUUUAACUCCCCCACGCAGACAACAAAGAUCAUGGGUUAAUUUUCUGUGCACAGACCUUCAAGAAGAACCUAUUCCUCUUUCUAGCAACAGUAUUUUGAUUACAGAGCCCUCUAGGGAGUAUUUGGAAUCUUUGAUAUGGCAAUCAGAGAAGUAUCGGGAUAAUAUGAGCUCUCGUUUGCUUGUUGAGUAUCCUACUGGUGAACUUGCACAUCAGCGUUAUUCACUUAUAGAACUGAAGGAAAUGCUACCAGUUGAGGUAGAAGAACCAAUGCUUAGCUCACUGGAGGAGGGCUGGUGGCUUCAUUUGGGUUUAAAUCCAGUCACUGUAGAGACUAUGGAGCAACUAUAUGUGGAUGCCACUUAUGCAAACAGUUUGCUUCCUAUAGAAGUAGAAACAUUCACAAAAUUUACAUCGUAUCAUUUAGAAAAAUGGCUUGAGGAGAAUACUUACGUAACUAGCCAGGAGCUGCUUUCUGCUGAAAGGCAUCAGUCAGAAAAAGUAAUUAAUCUGGACUUGUCACCACAGACUCAAAAGCAGCACUUUUGCCCCCCCCUUGCAUCACCUGCCAAGGUCCACAGUAUAAAUACAUCUGUGGAAGAGAUUACUGGAGGAAGUAUAAAACAAAAUAAUUUGGAAGAAGCAGUUUACUUCUUGAACCAAGAUAAAAAAAAACCCCAAUCAUCUGGAUCUGUCACCAGUAAAGAAGUGUCAUUUAAACAAGACAACUCACCCAGUGACCAAGAGCCUUCAUCAUUUGAACUUCCUACGAAGUGGGGAAAUGAUGAUUCUGAUCUGAGCAACUUUAUCAUGCUGAGAUCUAAACAUACACUCACCCAAAGAGAUGGGGAAAAUGAUGCUGAUAGUCCUGCAAAAGUGCCACAACCUGAAGAAGAACAUACACAUAUCCAGAAAGAGGACAGUUCUGUUUGUGAGACCAUCAGGACAGAGGAAAAAGAACAAGAGAACGAGGACAGUGUCGUAGUUGAUAUUCAAGCAUCAGAAAGCCAAUGCCAGGCAUACUGCCUCUUGGAAGAAGCAGCCACACCUGUUCUAAAAGAUUUGGCACAUCUGGGUGUACUUGCUUCUGUUAAGUGGAGCUUUGACAGCAUUCAGUUUGAUCAUACAAGGUUUUUCUUAAAACAGCAAGAGAAAGUGAUAUGUGAUCGUUUUAAUGAAGGUAAAGUAGAUGAGAAUGAGAUCAUGCUGUUCAGACAUGCAGCUCUGGUGCACCUGCUGGUGACAGUUCGAGAUCUUCUUUUAACAUGUGGCUUGGACACAGCAAUAGGUUAUUUGUCCAAGGCAAAGGAUAUCUAUAAAAACAUCUUAGAAUCCUGUUUGAAUAACAUCUGGAGGCAGCUGAAGAUUGUACAGUACAGCAGCCAGAAAAAGCAUGAAACAAAUCCCAAAAUAACAGAACUUCAGAGUCAAAUGUUAAAUUGGAUGCAAAGCAAUGGAAAGGAACACAGUGUUAAGAUACUAAUCAUAACAAGAAUGGACUCUGAGAGAGAAAAAGGAGCUCUCAUUCACAGCUUAUCUAAAGUAGAUGGUUUAAAAGCUGUGGAUUUGAAUUCGGAUAAAAAGGGAACCUUUUUAGGCUGUAAAGAUAUAAUCAGCAAUCUUAGUAGAUAUUCCUGUGUUAUUGUACAUAAUCAGCAAAUUGGAGCUGACUUCCCAUGGACACACUUCUCAUUAGUAAUGGAAUAUGAUUAUUCUGAAAACUCUUGCUGGAAUAAUUUGUGCAAAAAACUGAAUGUUACUUACAUGACUUUUAAAACUACCCUCCCUGAAACAAUACAAAUGGGUAAUCAGUAUGGUUCAUUUCUUCUGGAAGUACAAAUUCCAUAUGUAUUUCUGACAACUGAAGGACUUCUUAACAUGCAAAAUAUUCUUCAGCUUUUGGAAUCCAAGUACAGCAUUACCUUUGUUGAAAGAAGCAGCAAUUACUCCUUAAGUCUCUUUGGAAGUACAGAUCGAUAUGUUGUGUUGACAAUAGAUGAACGUACUGCUAUCUUUUUGCAGAGUAUGGAAGAAUUAAAUUAUGAGAAGUCCUGUGACAAUGUAAUAUCAAAGCUGAUGGCAUUAUCACUUCAAUAUACAUGCUGUUGGAUUGUUUUUUAUUCCAGAGAAAGACUGGAUUUAGAGUACAGUCUCAGGGGAGAUACUCUUGUUAACCUUGCCUUAAUUUAUGCCACCCUAAUUGAACUUACACAGAAGUCAGAAGACUUUGAAGUGAAGGUAGUUCUUAUGCCAGGAAUCGAAGAGACAGCCUUGGUAAUUCGUCAGAUUGCUGACAACAUUUUAAUAGCAUCUCAUUCCAGUCCUCAUGAGUGGUUGGACAAAUCCUGGCUCUCUGUCUUGCCAUCUGAGAAAGAGAAAUGCUUGCUUACAUUUCCAUGUAUCAACCCUCUGGUUGCUCAGUGGAUGUUAAAGAAGGAAUCUUCACUGAACAAGUUGUUCCUUGCAAGCUUUGAUCAACUUCAGGAACUUCUCCCAGAGGUUCCAAAAAAAGUUUUAAAGCAUUUUAGUGAAAUGACAUCUUCAUACAGUGUAAAAGCUGCUGCUCCACUAGAAGCACCAGUGAAAGCUGAAUUAUCCCUAGGAAACACGAAUAACUUCAACACAUUCUGUCCAGAUUUCAAACCAAAUCAUCAGUCUUCAGACCUGCUCAGACCACCUCAUAUGAAUUCUGAAGCCAUAAUUACUCCCUUCUAUCAUCAUCAGGGUUUUCUUGACUCUGAUCUUCCAAGCUAUAUGCAAAAGAAAUCAUGUUCUUCAGAAGUAAUUACAAGGAAGAAGCAGAAUUUUUUUGCUGUACCGAAGGACUGUGAAGAUUUUGCUCAUCUUGAUGUUAGAAGUUCUCUUGAUGAUCAAAGACAUUCCUUCGAGACACAGUAUAGUUCUGAUCAGUCUUCAAAAAACUCUGAAAAAGAGGAUUUCUUUUCAACUUUCAGUGACUGUGCAACUCAGGAGAGCUCUAAGAAUUUUCUGGAAGAAUUUGGAGAUGCAACAUUUAAGACACCAGAAGUUCUGAUCGACCAGACCCUGUGGAAUGAACCCUCACCCACAGGCCCAUGUGGUUCCUUUGUAUCUGAUGGUCUCCUCUCUAAUUUCUUUGCUGACCCAGAUGAGCUUCGAAGUCUGAAUUUUCACCAAGUAGGUAAAGAAUCUAAAAGAAAAAGAAAACAAGUCUUAUGGACAAAAGAAAAAUAUAGAAAAGAUUCAGGUCUUGCAGAAAUAUCAGAGUUCAAAAAAAGGAGACUGACAUACGAAAGAGUCCCUGGAAGAAGAGAUGGACAAACACGUCUUAAAUUCUUUUGA